AUGUCCAAACCUCUCGUCUCCCACAUCUACACAGCAGACCCCUCUGCCCAUGUCUUCAACAACAAACUCUACAUCUACCCCAGUCACGACCGCGAAACGACAAUCACCUUCAACGACAAUGGCGACCAAUACGACAUGGCCGACUACCACGUCCUCUCCAUGGACACAAUCACCAGCCCCGUAACCGACCACGGUGUCGUCCUCCGCGACAAAGAUAUCCCCUGGGUCUCAAAGCAACUCUGGGCGCCCGAUGCCGCAAUAAAAAACAACAAAUUCUACCUCUUCUUCCCAGCCCGUGACCAAAAGGGCAUCUUCCGUAUCGGCGUCGCCGUCUCCGAAUCUCCAGAAGGUCCCUUCGUCCCGCAGGAUGAUUAUAUCCAGGGUACAUACAGCAUCGAUCCUGCUGUCUUUGUUGACGAAGAAGCGGGCGGCGAGGCGUAUCUCUACGUUGGCGGGAUCUGGGGUGGACAGUUGCAGUGCUGGGUUGAGGGGAAGGAUGAUGGGGAGGGGGAGUGGGUUGAUGGGGAUGAAGGUGGUGUUGAUGGGGAUGAAGGUGGUGUUGAUGGACGGAAGAAGAGACUUGCUUUCGAUGAGAGUAUGUCUGGACCCCAGGAGCCUGCUGGGGAGGGUGUUCGUGCGCUUUGUCCCCGUGUUGCGCUGUUGAAGGAUGAUAUGCUUUCGCUGGCGUCGUCGGUCAAGGAGGUUGUUAUUCUUGCGCCGGAGACCGGGGAGCCCUUGCUGGCGGAUGAUCAUGAGAGGAGGUUCUUUGAGGCCGCUUGGGUGCAUCGGUAUAAGGGAACAUAUUAUUUCUCUUACUCGACUGGUGAUACCCAUUUCUUGGCCUAUGCGACGGGAGAGUCGCCUUGGGGACCUUUCACGUAUCGGGGACGCAUUUUGGAUCCUGUGCUUGGGUGGACGACCCAUCAUUCGAUUGUUGAGUUCCAGGGGAAGUGGUACUUGUUCUAUCAUGACUGUGAGCUUUCCGAAGGCGUCGAUCAUUUGAGGUCAGUUAAGGUUAGGGAGAUUGUUUAUGAUGAUGAAGGCGCUAUUCAUCUUGCCGAGGAACAGACUGCUGUGCAAUAG